UAAUCAGCUGUUAUGUUAUGCCGCGAACUCCUUCAACAAAAAUGUUGGCCGCCCGCAAAUUACUACGAUCACCGCGGAUUACUGGUACCUUAAGCUGGUCCCGCUGGAGCAGCGAUGCCGCAAAGGCCACCACAGAAGCCUCCGCCCUUUCGGAUAACGCGAAGCGCCAGCAACUGCUCAAUGAGCUUUCCGAGCCGCUGGAACAGAAAAGCCGACCCGCCAUUGAUCCCAAGGAAACAAGUGUGAUGCUCUUUCCUGGUCAGGGCACCCAGUAUGUGGGCAUGGCCAAGGAGCUUCUCCGAUUCCCUGGCGCCCGCCGCAUCUUCGAGCUUGCCAACGAGGUGCUUAAAUACGAUCUGCUCAAGAUCUGCCUGGAGGGACCACGUGAGAAACUGAAUCGCACGGAGCACGCUCAGCUGGCUGUGAUGGUAUCCUCGCUGGCAGCCCUGGAGCAGUUGCGUGAAGAGCGACCCAAGGCCAUUGAAAGCUGUGUGGCCGCCGCCGGCUUCAGUCUGGGCGAGAUUACCGCAUUGGUGUAUGCGGAUGCCCUGCCUUUUGACAAGGCAUUGCGAUUGGUGCAGGUGCGGGCCACCGCCAUGCAGGCAGCAUGUGACCAGGCAGCGGGAGCCAUGGCCAUGACCCUCUACGGACCGGACACCAAUCUGGGAGAGGCGUGUGCGCGAGCGCAGCAAUGGUGUCUGGACAAGGGAGUGGAGUCGCCCUACUGCGGCAUCGCCAACUACAUGUAUCCCCACUGCAAGGUCGUGGCCGGCAACGUAGAGGCUCUCGAGUUCCUGGAACAAAAUGCCAAGGCCCUCAAGAUCCGGCGGCUGAAGAGAUUGGCUGUGAGCGGCGCCUUUCACACUCCUCUAAUGCAAAGCGCCGUGGAGCCCUUUACCAAAGCCCUGAAAUCGGUGCGCCUUCAGGAUCCCGUCAUUAGAGUAUACUCCAAUGUGGAUGGCAAACCGUAUCGCCAUGCCAAGCACAUCCUAACGCAGCUGCCCAAGCAAAUCGUACGGCCCGUCAAGUGGGAGCAGACCCUUCACGAGAUGUACGAGCGCAAGCAGGGCGUCGACUUUCCGCGCACCUUUGAGUGCGGUCCUGGUAAGGGACUGGUCCAGGUCCUGGAAAAAGUUAAUGCCAAAGCCGCUCAAUCCAGCUUUAAUGUUAUAGCCUAACCUCGCAUAAAAAUGCAGUUUGCUUUUAUAAAAAUG